GCGACAGGACGCGCGCUGCCGGCGGGUGGCAGGUGCGCCGGGGAGCGAGCCGGUGCUCAGCCUUCUCGGCGGACGGCGACGCUCGGGAGCUCGGGCAUCUCAGGCCCGGGGAACCUGGUUGGACCCAAGAUGCCAGCGAUCGCGGUGCUGGCGGCGGCCGCGGCGGCGUGGUGCUUCCUCCAAGUGGACAGUCGGCACCUGGACGCGCUCGCCCGUGGCGCGGCCCUCAACAACGGCAAUUUCCUAGACAAUGACCAGUGGCUGAGCACCGUCUCCCAGUACGACCGAGACAAGUACUGGAACCGCUUCCGAGACGAAGUUGAGGAUGAUUAUUUCAGAAACUGGAAUCCCAACAAGCCCUUUGACCAAGCCCUGGACCCAUCCAAGGACCCCUGCCUGAAGGUGAAAUGCAGCCCUCACAAAGUAUGUGUGACCCAGGACUACCAGACAGCUCUGUGUGUCAGCCGCAAGCACCUGCUGCCCAGGCAAAAGAAAGGAAAUGUCGCCCAUAAACACUGGGUUGGACCUUCAAAUCUGGUCAAGUGCAAGCCCUGCCCGGUGGCACAGUCAGCCAUGGUCUGCGGAUCCGACGGCCACACCUACACAUCCAAGUGCAAGUUGGAAUUCCAUGCUUGCUCUACAGGCAAAAGCCUCAGAUCCCUGUGUGAUGGGCCCUGUCCGUGUUUGCCUGAGCCAGAGCCACCGAAACCCAAGGCAGAGAAGAGUGCCUGUACUGACAAGGAGUUGAGGAACCUUGCUUCCCGGCUGAAGGACUGGUUUGGGGCUCUUCACGAAGAUGCUAACAGAGUCAUCAAGCCCACCAGCUCCAAUGUAGCCCAAGGCAGGUUUGACACCAGCAUCCUGCCUAUCUGCAAGGACUCCCUGGGCUGGAUGUUCAACAAGUUGGACAUGAACUACGACCUUCUGCUGGACCACUCAGAAAUCAAUGCCAUCUACCUGGACAAGUAUGAGCCCUGCAUUAAGCCUCUCUUCAACUCCUGUGACUCCUUCAAGGAUGGCAAGCUCUCUAACAAUGAAUGGUGCUAUUGUUUCCAGAAGCCUGGAGGCCUUCCUUGCCAGAAUGAAAUGAACAGAAUUCAGAAGCUAAGCAAGGGGAAAAGCCUACUGGGGGCAUUCAUACCUCGGUGUAACGAAGAAGGCUAUUACAAGGCCACGCAGUGCCACGGCAGCACGGGGCAGUGCUGGUGUGUGGAUAAAUAUGGGAACGAACUGGCCGGCUCCAGGAAACAGGGCGCCGUGAGCUGUGAGGAGGAGCAGGAAACCUCGGGGGAUUUUGGCAGUGGUGGCUCUGUGGUCCUGCUGGAUGACCUGGAGGAUGAACGGGAGCUAGGACCAAAGGACCGAGAGGGCAAGCUCAGGAUGCACACCCGGGCCGCGACGGAGGACGAUGAGGACGAGGAGGACGACAAGGAGGAUGAGGUCGGGUAUAUAUGGUAGUGCCCUCAAGGGGAGAGGACACGCGUUUUGCACAAAUUGCAAGUCACUUCCUGCAUUUGUAUCUAAGACUCCAAGGCACCUCGGUCUCUUCUCCACUGUUGCUCUCUGUACCUGGCGUAAGGUCUGGAAGACACUUGCUCAUUCCCAGAGCAUUCUGAUUUUACACACGGCUGUGUGGGAGAAAGGAUGUUUUCAUUUCCUGUUUCCAUGUGUACUGGAUAAGAGAAUGGCUGGCUGAAUUACAGCCUCCUCCCCUCCUGUGAGGUGUUUGCAACUAGCAUGUGAUUUGUGUGCAGGGAGCCCCCACCCUCUCAAAUGCCCAAGACCCCCUCUGACUCCCCACAUCGGUGGUUACUACAGCAUGGUUCCCAGCCUUUCUGGUGUCUAAGUGCUUUUCUUGUGUCCUGUAGAUGUUGUGGGAAACGCACCACAGUGCACCCUUGAGCCCCUGCUCCCACUAGCCGUGGUAUUUAUCAAGCCCCUUUUGGACAAUUCAUUUUUUUAAUUCAUUUUGAGGGUCUGGAUGCUUCUCUCUGCACAUGCAUGAGAUUGUGUGUGUGUGUGUGUAUGUCUUGUGCAAACACACACCUCUCAGAAAAGCCUGACUCGUGUGAAAAACACAACGAAUCAACUUGUUCUGACCCAGAAGGCAAUUUCUAGGAUAAAUUCGGAUCAAGGUUUGGUAUCGCACUAACAGUCGGCACCUGCAGAGGGUCCUUCUCUAUGCAGCGGCAGUACCCGAGCCUCUUUGAUUUCGAUCAGCCUCCACUUGCCUAAAUCGCAGAAGCCAUGCCAGUGAUCACGCAGCUUCCCAAGCCAUGUCUUCAUUUCAACUCAGCCCCCCCCUUCCCCCCCCCCACGAACACACCUUCCCUACCUACUCAAGGGCUUUUUCUAAGACAAGACACGCACACCUAGAACCUGUUCUCAGAAAAGACAGUAGCAGGGUAUGCCCAAAAAUAAAAUUUAAGAUCUUACUGUUUUGUUUUUGUCCCUUUUCUUUCACAAAUCACAAAGUCUGGUUAUCCUUCAUUUGAAAGAAUCCCAAAUGGAGACCUAGAAAAAACUUUCUAGUAGCACCUGGAGGCACCGUCCAGGCACUACUGACAAAGUGCUUCUGCCACUGCCUUUCUUCCCUGAGCUCAUUAAAGGAAUCAGUAGGGCCAUCGUCUCCACCUUCAUUCGGACUUCUCUUCCCACAAGAACCAAAGAAUCGACUUUGCAAACAGCCCCAGUCGGGCCAGUGCUGGGAUGCAAACCCCACGCUGCUUGCUUCCUUUCUAGCCAGUUUCCCUAACCUACGAACCAGGCCAGAUUCCCCUGGCUUCCCUUCCCCACAAGACAGCUAGCUACAUUAACUCAGGCAAAAAAAAAAAAAAAAAAAAAAAAAAAGUGCAUAUACAGCCAAACCAGGAUCACAGUGGCAGAACCAAUCCCCCACCUUAAGUUAGUUAGCAGUGCCCAGUCUUCACACAGGCUAUGCAAAGCAACAUCAACCCUGGAGUUGUUCUCAAUGGGAAACGAGAGACUUGGUACCACUCACUCCUGUGGCCAGACAGACACAGUAUGGCCAAGACUCUAUAUGGAAUUGGGCCUGAUGGAGACCAGAGAGCUAGACUGGGAUCUUAACCCCAUCACUCUCAUUUCCACGGGUAUUUUUUUCCCCACUCAAGCAAAUCUGAGAUCAUAAUUUAGAAAGCAGGUGCUUAAUAACAGCUAAAUUAUAAUGGAGUACAUAACAAUUCAAGGACUAUUAAGAUAUCUCUGUUUAGACCAUCAACUAAAACCAUUGUUACUGUUUCCUUUGAGCUUGGAAAAGUACACAGGAGAACAAAUUAAAAUCGACAAAAUUGCUUUCUCUAAGAGAAUGCCAAGGAUCCAAGUGAACCAUGAUCUUCAUUUGCCUAAUUAUCUUAUGACGAGUGUCAAAUAAAGAUGAUACUUUAAGAUCCUUAGCAUUAAUCUAAUGAUGGAGAAGAGCACUUAACAGGCAAUUCCCAGGAAGGUAACAAGAAGCCAUUUCCAGAUCAACUGAACAACAUUACCAUCCCUUCUCACACCCCAUUCUGGCUUGACAGCAUUAGGUUUUUAAUGACCUGGAGUACUUUCUACCAGUGCUUAGGAUUCAAUUUUGAGUUACCUUAUACUUAGAAGUAAUUCUUUUGGGAAGGUGCCCUUUAUUUAGAAGUAUACAUAAAUUUUGGGUGUUUUUUUUUUUGUAAUGGUAUUUGUGAUAACUCAUCCCUUCUUUGAGACAGGCAUUAGAUUGAACCCUAACUUAUUUUUAGAAAUCCUUUGGGGAAUAACUUUAUAGAAUAAGAAAGUUAUUUACCUACCAUGACUGUGGCAUCUAACUUAAACCUUAGGAUUUUCUUUGGCCAUGGUUAAGUUGCCUACCAUAUGUGUGUCUUUUAUUUCUACCAAUAUCUGAGGCAUGGGAAUGCCUUCAUAUUGAGUUUGAGGGCUUUGGAAUAGUUUCUCCUUUAUGCUCAUUUCCCUAUCUACCCAUAAAAUGCAAUGUGUCCCUCCAGGUCUGCCCGCUGCUCUUCCCACAAUUCCAUUGGGUCUGGUUUUGUUAAACCUCACCACACUGUACACUAACAUCCAAGAGCCCUUUCUACAGUGGUGGUUUCGGUCUUUUUCUACCUUUUGCUCAAAGUCACUAUGUUUGUCCUUGUUCCAUGUGUAGCUUUGUAACAGAACACAUCAAAUCCAGAGUGUCCGUCUGUUGUCCCAAUGGUAGAUGAAAUAGUGACGUAGAAACCCUAGUAUUCUGAAUGCUUUUCCGCGUAGACUUCGCUGGAAUGUGAACACACCUCUUUGGUUAAUAGCAACUGCUGAGCUGUAGUCCUGAGUAGGUGCAUUUCUGUCUGUCUAAAUAAAUUUUACUUUGUCUGCAA